AUGGCUUCCUAUUUGAUCAAUGAGCCAAAAUACGCUUUCCUGAAAGAAUUGGGUCUUCAAGAAGAGAACGCCGGUGUCUUCUACGGAAAAUGGGCCGCCUCGGGGCCUGUUGUUGACUCGAUUGCUCCCGCCAACAACAAACCCAUUGCUAAGGUUCAAAAUGGAACUCCGGAAGACUGGGAUAAGGCCAUGGUCGCCACGCAAGAAGCCUAUAAAACAUGGCGAACGCUUCCCGCUCCAAAACGAGGCGAGAUUGUGCGACAAAUUGGUGAUAAACUUCGUUCACAACUGCAAAAUUUGGGAAAAUUGGUUUCACUUGAGAUGGGAAAAAUCCAGGCUGAGGGUGUUGGCGAAGUUCAAGAGUACGUGGAUAUUUGUGAUUUUGCAACGGGAUUGAGCAGAUCACUUGCUGGGCAAGUUUUGCCUAGUGAACGCCCUGGUCACGCUUUGUUGGAACAAUGGAAUCCACUAGGAGUUGUUGGAGUGAUCUCAGCCUUCAACUUCCCGUGCGCUGUUUAUGGGUGGAAUAAUGCUCUUGCUCUCGUGUGCGGCAAUUCAGUCAUUUGGAAGCCAGCUCCUAGCACCCCCUUGACAGCCAUUGCAACGAUUAAGCUUGUGGCUAAAGUGCUUGAAGAGAAUAAGCUUCCCGGGGCCCUUUGCUCGCUCGUUUGUGGUGAAGGUGACGUUGGACAAUCUAUGGUCAAAGACAAGCGAGUAAAUCUUGUUUCAUUCACCGGAUCAACUGAAGUGGGACGAAUCGUCGGACAACAAGUUCAAGGUCGAUUCGGAAAGGUUCUUCUUGAGUUGGGUGGAAACAACGCGAUCAUUGUGAACGACGAUGCCGAUUUGAAUAUGGUCAUUCCUGCUGCCGUUUUUGCCGCUGUUGGAACUGCUGGGCAACGUUGCACUACAACCAGGCGACUUUUGGUGCACGAGAGCGUCUUCGACGAGGUCGUUGAUAGAAUGAAACGAGCAUACGCACAAUUCGAAGCACGAAUUGGAGACCCCCUUGAAGCCAAUACCAUCGUCGGACCUUUGCAUAAUGAUGUCGGAGUGAUGAAGUACAAAUCAACCAUCGCGGAAGCGGUUGCAAACGGUGGAAAAAUUGAAUAUGGAGGAAAGAUUCUGGAACGUGAAGGAAAUUUUGUUCUUCCAACUAUCAUCACCGGAUUGAAAGCUGAUUCUCCCGUCGUUCUUCGAGAGACCUUUGCCCCAAUCCUUUACGUGAUUAAAGUCAAGAACUUGGACGAGGCAAUUCAAGUCAACAACAAUGUCGCUCAAGGAUUAUCGUCAUCGCUCUUCACCAACAACAUUCAAAAUGUCUUCAAAUGGAUUGGACCUGAAGGAUCGGAUUGUGGUAUUGUGAACGUUAACAUUCCGACAUCUGGUGCGGAGAUUGGCGGUGCUUUUGGUGGUGAGAAGGAAACGGGAGGUGGCCGUGAAUCGGGUUCGGAUUCCUGGAAACAAUACAUGCGUCGAUCGACUUGCACAAUAAACUAUUCAAAGGAACUACCAUUAGCUCAAGGGAUCAAAUUCGAA